CACACACUUAGACCCUCCGUCUCCAUCUUCAUGCAUGACAUGGCUGCUCGGAGGCACAAGAGGAAGCACUGGCCGCGACUCCAGCUUGGCCGUUGCAUCCGUUAUAUCUUGAGCCGGGGCCCAACCCGUCUUCGCCCAUCAUCACCUCGCCUCUUCAUCUGCCACCUUGCCACCUGUCAUGCACCAGCAGGAACGCGAGUAACAGCCUCGCCCUCCUCCUUGGUUGUACACUAGACGACACCUCGACGCAGCGUGUUGCUCGUCGCGCCCUUCGUUGCUCUUUUCUGUGCUUCUUUGGCCUAGGCGUCUUCCAUCUCUCUCUCUAUCUCUCUCUCUUGCCUCGCUUACACGCGUUCGGCUUGCCCUUGGUCUCUACGCGUCGGUCGGUCGGUCGGUCGUUUCUUGACUUUUGGCUCUCAUCCAACCACCCAGAAAUCCGGCGCGGCUCAUCUGCCGGGCCUUUGGACGGCGGUCUCAUCAUCAGGGAGCUCUCGCGUAGCUCGCUUCGGCCGAACGACUCCAUAGACGGGAAAGCACCCCGGAAAGAGGCCGUUUUCGGGGGCAUACGCGUAACUUGCUGAGCGUUUUGGCAUGCACAGGGAGCCAUUGUUCCUGCCUACCAUAGCUGUAGCUGGUUUCCAGCUCUCGGACUCGGUUCUGGUGUGGGACAUACAGUAAUAUCUCGACGCGACGGACGGGAGCUGGCUUCUGUCCCUUUUCUUGCGGUUCUGUCGCUUUAAAGAGCUCCUUGAACCAAGCUUGCUUGAUCCUCCUACUUUUUUCAAAUUUCCGUGCCACACAACUUCGAGAUGGGGUCGGAAAUAGAGGAGGUCGUCGAGCAGGCGUUGGCCACGGCUGGCGGCGCGCUUCUUCGACUCGUGCCGUCACCCGACUUUUGGUACUCGACCACAUUUUGGGCCUGUGUCUUCUGGGUCCUUUGGGUUCACCGCUAUUUGAGGCUUCUCGUCCACUGCGUGAGCCAUUGGACUUAUAAGUCCAAGCCUAUUCCAGCGAAACCAACAUUCACGCAUGAAGAUGUUACCGUGGUCAUACCUACAAUCCAUCACGCAUUCGAGGAGCUCAGGCCUGCGCUCCAGAGCAUCCUUGUCUGCAAACCGGCCGAAUUGAUUCUCGUCACAACGUACGAUAAGCGCAAGGCAUUGGCCCGUCUGGCUGAUUCGCUUGCGUACCCGAACAUACGCGUCAUGGACACACCCAUUGCCAACAAGAGGCUUCAGGUGUGCGAGGCGCUCCCGACGGUCAAGACGCCCAUCACCGUCAUGGCCGAUGACGACGUCACCUGGCCCUCGACCAUGCUGCCAUGGAUCCUGGCCCCGUUCGAGGACCCUAGGGUUGGGGGCGUGGGGACGUGCCAGCGUGUCAGGCGUGAGUGGACGGCGGACUGGGUCACGCGGGCCUGGAAUUGGCUCGGCGCAGCGUACAUUGAGCGUCGCAACUUUGAGAUCUCGGCCACGCACAACAUAGACGGGGGUACGUCAUGCAUGUCUGGACGCACCGGGGCGUAUCGGUCCGAGAUCCUAUCGAGCCACGACUUUCUGCAAGGGUUUAAGAACGAGAAGUGGCGUAGGUGGAUUCUCAACGCCGACGACGACAAUUUUGUCACCCGAUGGCUCGUCAGCCACCAGUGGAAGACUUGGAUUCAGUACAGCCGAGAGUGCGAGCUGGAGACGACGCUCGAGAACGGUCAUAAGUUCUUGUACCAGUGCUCGCGCUGGGCGCGCAGCAAUUGGCGGAGCAACUGGACAAGCCUCGUCCGCGAGAAACACGUUUGGAGUCAGCAACCGUGGUGCACCUACGCUCUGCAUAUUGCCACCUUUACGUCUCUGGCGUUUGCCAUCGACCCUCUCCUUCUCGCGUCGUGCUGGUGGGCCACUGGCGAUUGGAGCCCGGAGCAUCGCCGAUACGCCUUCUGGGCGCAGUUCGCCUUUAUGUUCGGGUUCACCAAGGUGGUGAAGCUGAUGGGACUGUUCCUGCGCAACCCGGGCGACAUCGUGUUCCUGCCCGUCUCCAUCAUUUUCGGGUACUUCCAUGGCCUCAUCAAAAUAUACGCCCUCAUCACUCUUAACAUGACAUCGUGGGGCAGCCGCGCCGACGGCGAUACCAACGACGAGCAGCGACUCGCGCCGGCGCCGGAGCCGUCCGUGGUGCUCAAGACCCCGCCGGGCAAGGCCUCGCUUAUUCGGUACAACAAUGUCCGCCAGAAGGGACGGCUGGUGUAUACCCAGAUGAACGGGGCCGCGUGGGAGAAGUCGGACUACGCCGCCUAUGACUCGAGCACGUCGUACGUGCCGGCGCAACAUUCCCUGGCCAUGCUCGUGGACGCGUCACACAAGAUUGAGGUUCGAUGAGGACGUAUUCAUACAGCAGCACAGCCCCGCAUAAGAAAAGAAAAUGCGACCGAGGCUGACAUCAAAACGGUCAUUCUGAUGAUACACAUGCAUCGGUUACUUGUUUUGCAAUCAAUUUUCCUUCACCCGAGAUCGGGUUGCCUGGGGGCGAGGCGGCACAGUACCCGUCCCUGGCAAGCAUUUAGGCGUUGGGUCGUUCUGCCCUUUUGCUUUUGCAUUCUGGCUGUGUUCCAUGCCCCGCGCAGGCUUUCUUCUACCCAACGUUGCGCACAUGGGCUGAUACGCGUGGGGUGAGAGCGGGGGAUGUUCAGGGACGGUCGGAGUUUGUUCGCCGCUGAUGCUACAGCAGCGCAGCGGCCUUUCACAUGUCACGCACGCAUGGUGACGAAGCGGGAAGGACAUGAGCGGAGCGGGAAAAGCGAGCGGCAAUCUACCAUUUCUAGCUUCUUCUCCGUUUAUCCGUUCUCCAUUUUCUUUUCUCCUUUUUUUUUCCAUUAGAGGGCGGUUCAAAAAAAAGUUUUUGGGGUUGUUGGCAUCGGGCUGAGGAAGGGACUGGGGGGGAGGCAGGCUCCAAAACGGCUCGGGCAGGGAUUGCAAAAAAAGGCAUGCAUUAUGGUAAUAGGUUCUAACUUGCAACGACAACAACGGACGGGCGGCGAAGCGGCACUUCGCGGUAAUGUCUUUUUCUCUCUCUCUCUCUUCUCACUUGAAAAUUCCAUUUUUACAGUGUCGUGGCAUCAUGAUGGUUGUACAUAUGGUACCGCGAGACGUGGACCAGGCCUCUGCAGGCGCGAACAUGCGCAUCAUCAUGAUGGCCUGACUCCGGGGGAGAGCCACCUUGAUGGGCCUUGACGCCACGAGGAUGCGUAGCAGCCGCAUGUUCACUCGCGUCGCCCUCUAUUGAUGCAAGGCCACCCCCGAGGGGAGCAACGGAGCGACAGAGCAACGCAGUCACGGCGACGACGACGACGACGACAAUGCCGAGGAGGUGGAGGGGUGUGCGUAUAUAUACGUGUGUGUGUGUGUGCAGCUCCAAGGCAACUGACCGAACCGAACCGAACCGCCGUCGAGCGAUGACAGAAGGAGACGAGGGAAGCGGGCAGCGAAGGACCCUUAGUACUUACCUCUAGUAAUAGGAGCUUGAGGUUAGUACCUCCUACUAAGAGGUACUAGCUACAGUGCCUAGUAGUACGAAGUGACCUGGUAGGGCGAUGCGCGACUGGACCGAUGAUCCUGAGACUCAUCGCUAAUAAACUGGACUGCAUUUGCG